AUCUCCCCCGAAAUUUGAAAUCACAACCGGGAAGGAGAGAGCCCGAACGACACCCCAAAAAAAUUCCCCACUCAACGCCUCGCCUCCUCCUCCUCCUCCGCCGCCGCCGUCGACCGCACGGCCAUGCCGCCCUCCGAGGACGCCCCUCCGCCGGCGCGGACCCCGCCUCCCGCGCGCGGGACGGCGGCCGGCUCGCGGGUGCUGCUGCAGUCGCCGCCGCCGGCGUUCCCGCUCGGCUCCAACGACGACCAGCUCGAGCGCGCCCGCGCCCGCGCCGCGGCGCGGGCCGCCUCCGUCCGCCGCCGCUCCCUCGCCGCCUCCAUCGCGCCCUCCAAGGACCCCCACCACGACCUCCUCAACCGCGAGCAGGUCAUGGACCUCUUCCACAACUGCAUCAAGCUCGCAUCCGAGAACAAAAUUAACCAGAAGAACACGUGGGAGCUGGGGCUCAUCGACCACCUUAGCGAGAUCAUACAGGCGGGGGAGGAGGAGGACGAGACCAACUUCCAGAAGGCAAGCUGCACUCUGGAGGCUGGGGUCAAGAUCUACUCACUUCGUGUCGAUUCCGUGCACUCCGAGGCAUACAAGGUGCUCGGUGGGAUCAACCGUGCCGGAAGGGGUGAAGAGGCUGAUACGGAAGAAGGAAGCAAUGGUGAACCUGCACAAGAUGAGGGUAUCAGCAAAAAGGACGCUGAUAGGAGGAUUUCACCAGCAUCAACGUUGGAGUCCUCAUAUGAGGCUCUUAAUGUAAAGAAAUUUGAUGUUGCUUUCACAGUGGAUCCUCUAUACCAUCAAACUACAGCUCAGUUUGAUGAAGGUGGGGCGAAGGGUCUUUUGUUGUAUAACCUUGGUGUCUAUGGCAGCUGUCGUGUGUUGUUUGAUUCAUUUGAAGCUCCAGACAAGUGUAUCUUAAGUGAUAUGCAAACUGAGAAGGCUGAGGUGAUUGACCUUUCAUUUGCUAAAGAGCAAAUUGAGGAAAUGGUUGCUCAAAUGCCUCUAUGUAAUGAUAUUUCUCCAACCCUGAGGGACAUUGUUGCUCAGUUUGAUGGAGAAAACGAAAGGCCAUCACACGGGUUAUCUUCUGGGCAAAUGCCAGUGAUGGAAGAUGAGAUGGUUAACGGUAACGAAGCAGACAAUAAUGAUAGCUUCAUACCGGAGUCUGGAAUGUGGGAUUUUGGUGGUUGUGAUGACCAUGAGGAUGCUUACGAUGAAAACUACAACCCAGUGGGUUCCAACUCAACAAACUAUCAAGAGGAAUUUGAUGAAUACACUGUUGAGAUUCCUCAAGGUACUGUUGCAGAUGAAAAGCUUGACAAAAUUGCAGAUCUUUUGUUGCUUGGCAUGGGCACUUCAAAGACAAAUGCUUGGGCAGGACCUGAGCACUGGAAAUAUCGCAAAGCUAAAGAUUUGGAGGCUGCCCCAACUUCAUCUGUUGAAUCAGAAAUACCAAAUAAGAUGAAGAAGAAAAGAGCCAAGGAUGAGCCUGAUGUUGAUUUCACAAAAGCACUGGACAAUGAGCCUCUAAAUAUCUUCGCACCUCCCAAAAAUCCGAAGUCAUUGCUGCUUCCCGCAAAUAGGGCUAUCUGCAGUAAUAGACUUCCAGAAGAUUGCCAUUACCGGCCUGAAAGCCUUGUUAAAUUAUUUCUUCUUCCAGAUGUUUUGUGCCUUGCUAAGAGAAGAAGAAAAUCACAUGACACUCCAGUGGAGAACAAUGAUAACUUCAUGCCAUCUGAACCUUGGGAUGAUGAUAACUUUUGCACUGAUCACAUUGAUGAAGGACAUGCCUGCAGUGAUGUAGAGGAGCCAGUAAACCUUAUCAAUAAACCGAGACAGGUCAACAAGAUUGAUAUACAAUACGACAAGGUAUCAAAACAAGUGGAUGUUCAUGCUUUAAAAGAAGUGCUUUGGAAUCACAUCCAUGCAUCUGCUGAGACUGAUAAUCGGCAGGAAAAUGAGGAAGCUGAAUCACCGCUGAGCCUGUCACAGGUGCUGCAUGAUCUUCCAAGCAGCAACCCGGAUGCUGCAGCAACUGAUAUCUCACCGCACCUGUAUUUCAUCUGCCUCUUGCAUUUGGCAAAUGAGCAUGGCUUGACGCUGCACGACCGCCCCACAUUGGAUGAAAUUGACAUAUGCAUGCCGACUUCACCUCAUGUGAAGUGAACCUUGCUGGCGGUUGAACGCAUUUUACGUGGUCUCGUCAUGGUGGAUGGAAAUCGCAGUAAAUUAUUUGAGGCUUUGCCAUUGUAUCAUGUAAUAUGUAUAUAUUAUCCUCUGAUGAUUGUACUUUAUUAGAUGUCAUCUGAUAGAACUAUCGUACCAGGGGGUGCUAGCUAAUGAUUUAACCAUUGAAGCGAAUGCUUUUGGGCUAAACGAACAGGUGAUGGGCAGUUUCUGCUGACAGUACAUAAUUUCUGGCUAUUGGGUACCGAUCUCAUUUAAAUAUUAAUGACUUUUUAUA